AUGAGUACCCACCAGGUUCUUCAGCAACUGGAACAAGAUCUCUUUUUGCCAUCAGAGGUUUUAUCGGUCGACAAGGAUGAAGUGCGGACAGAACACAGAUGCAAAGUGAGAUAUGGCAUCGUCCCGGACGCAUCGAUGCUUGAUUGUGGAUGCAUUUUGUCGCAAAGGCUGUUUGAAGAGCUGAUACGAUACCUUGGCAGCCAAUUUUGCUGCCCGGUUUGUCAGAGGUGUCCCAGCGCUUUGGUAGGUCCUGUAAAGCCACUUAGAAUGCUAUACAAGCAGCUGCAAUUUUUCAUCCAAGAGGAUCACCAAUUGGGAUCGACUCGCACAUAUGCCGAUGCUUCAGAAGCAGGACCAAUGCUUGAUAUGCAGCACCCGCAGCAGCAGCAAGCAGAAUCAAGACAACAAGAAAUACAACUUGAUGAACAAGACGAAAAGGAAGAAGAACCGACACCACAGAAGCAGAAUUUGAUUUCACUUUUUCACACUAUAGCUUCAAGCGUCAGUGAUGCGGCUGAGCCAGAAGCCAGUGAUAUACAUUCUCUCGAUAAUGCUUCCAACACGAAAACUGUGCCGAUCCAAGAUUCGGGAUCGUUUCCUGUGUCGCUGGCGGCUACGGAAUCACCGUCUUCGGUGCAGCUUUCGCAAUUGGACGAGGAAAAAGAGUUCUACUUUGCUAAAUGUUUUCCAAUGUACAGGAAGAGGUCUCAAUUCAACACACACAGCAAGUUUCUACGCGCCAAGAGCAAGCAAUUUAUUAGUACAGCUAUAAGUCCUGAUUGUACUAAGUUUGCCCUCAUUACAGAACAUAAAUGGGAGGUUUACAAAAUACCACAACAGCCGAAGAACAACGAACAAGAAACAAAAAACGACAAUAAUCUAGCACGAAAAUUUGGUCUCAGCUCGCAACCAAAAAAGGAUCGGCCUGAAGCCGAUGACGACGUUCCAUUACUUUUCUGUGGCAAGUCUACCGGUGAGUAUGGUGAAAGCUUCGAAAACUUGAAGUGGCCGUCAGACCUGAGCUCAUUGCAUUCUCCUCAAUCGCAGCAGGAACUUCGAAGAACGUCCGCGGGACAUCAUUUUUCCAGCACGGCUGCAGAUACGUGGGAGCAUCUCUACUGCGUGAUGUCGAACGAUAUACUAGUAGUAUCAGGAACGAAAGGACGCUUCCGCGUUUUUGAUCUCAAGGACAAAGGAGUGCCUCUUUACACUUAUGCAUCCUCCUUCCCCAUCAGGUGUAUUGAUGUUGACCCUAAAAGUUCAAUAAUUGCCUGUGGUAUAACUGGGAGUGAUAGGGCUACGGGUGCGGAACAAGCUCUCAUCCUCUUCCAUCAAAUAGAAAAAGAGCCUGUUUCACCAAUGACUGCCGACAAAAAAACCGUGAAAUAUAAAGUUUCUCCGCCAAUCACUACUACACUUCCUUAUAGGGACCCCAUAAACACACUUCAAUUUUCUCCUGAUAGCACGUAUAUUUCUUGUUCAACCGCACUGGAAUCGCGUUUUCUGGUGAUUUCAUUGAGGAAGAUCCACGAGCCACGCCUAGUGAUGAAAUCCUUGCGCUCUAUCGAUACUUCUCUAGAAUCUGAAGGGAUUACAGAUACGAAAAUGUUUCCGGGGAAUUCAAAUCUUAUGUGCGUUACUUCUGUUGCAUUCAAUACCCCUCCCAUAGUUAUAAACACUCGAAUUCAAACCAUAAACGUAGUUCAGAGUGUUGCACAACCUACGAUGCUUCUUAGGUUAGAUGAAUUGGGAUCUAAGAUACACAAAUGUGAGAUCUCGCCCCGGAAUGACUCGAUCGCUUUCCUUGAUCGGAACGGGACUACGUACAUCAUGUAUGCUCCCACCCUUCUUGACCACGAGAAAAGGAGAGUCGUAUCCGUAGAUGUAGUAGCAAAUGCCUCGCGAGUUCGGGAAGCUGCUUCACUGAAGUUUAGCGCAGACGGUCACCGACUAUACAUUUUGGACAGGAAAGGCAGCCUAUACAUCGAAGAUUUUGCGUAUGGGCUUCCUCAAAAUCAUGAAGUGACGAAGUGUAAGCAGAUCAAUUGA